AUGGCUGUGCUGCCAAUAAAAUUUACCAAAACCAAGAGAGACAAACUGGCCCAGGUUUUGUGGGUACUAAACUGGAUAUCCAUUGUAACAGGUAUCAUCCUCUUUAGCUUGGGCAUCUUUCUAAAAGUCGAAAUUAACAAGCGGCAGGAUCUAAUGGCUGAGAGUCAGCUCCAAUCUGUGCCAAACAUGCUAAUUGCCGUGGGACUCAUAGCCUGCAUGAUUAACUUUUUGGGAGGAAAGAUCUGCUAUGACUGUGUGGACACCAACAAGUUCCUACGCUGGAAGUUGGUGAUGCUCCCAUACAUCAUUUGCACGUUUUUCUUCACUCUGAGCGUGCUCGUGGGCGCCUUGAUGUGCUACAGCAUGCAUGGACAGCUGGAGGAAGCACUAACAUUGGGGCUACAGGACGCUAUGCGUUACUAUAAGGACACAGACACACCAGGCCGCUGCUUCUUGAAGCGUACAGUGGACCAGCUGCAGAUCCAGUUCCAAUGCUGUGGGAACAAGGGCUUCAGAGACUGGUUCCAGAUCCAGUGGGUCAGCAACCGAUAUUUGGAUAUGUCCCAACGGGAAGUAGUAGAUCGUCUGCGAAACAACGUUGAGGGAAAAUACCUAAUGGAUGGAGUUCCCUUCAGCUGCUGCAAUGUCAACUCUCCUCGGCCGUGCAUUCAGUACCAAAUCACCAAUAACUCCGCCCACUUUAAUUACGACUACCAGACAGAGGAGCUCAACCUGUGGAUGAGAGGAUGUCGUCAGGCUCUGCUAGAUUAUUACACCAACAUCAUGCAUUCUGUCGGCCUCACGGUUCUGAUCAUCUGGCUCUUUGAGCUCUCUGUGUUAACGGGGGUGCGUUACCUCCAAACGUCUCUGGAGAACGUGCUGCGGCAGGGGGACCCUGAGUGUGAGUCAAACGGGUGGCUCCUGGAGAACAGCUUUGUGGAGACGGCUCGCUCUAAUUUCAACAUAAUCAAACACCUGGGCAAGUUCAAUCAGAUCAACAUAUCAAGCAAUGGAGAUCCAAACAUUGACAAACCACCUACAGCACACUAUGGUCCAGACAAUGUGCCUCCAAAGCCUCUUCCAACGGCCAGUUAG